AAUCACCCAGGCCCAGGUCCAAUGUAAUUAUGUAUAGUUAACUGUACCGGGUCGGCAUUCUAUGCAGUAAAACCUCGGCAUACCUAUUCACCAGCCCUACCAGUCACACGCGAUGCAUACAACUUCUGUCAGCCUGGCUGUGUUGCCAACCGUUGUCUCCACUUUCUUCAAACACUAUUUGAACCAUAAGCCGUUACGGCAACGGCCGACAGCGCUUCUAUCCUAUGAUGAGGGCCUUCACCUGGUCCGGACUUUCCUGGCCUUCGCCUCUACGAGAACGGUAGAGGAGGUCCAGGCCUUCACCUCUCAAUGGGUUCCCCACCCCCAUUGGGUCAAAGUUGAGGAGGCUACGGUCCCCGAGGUGAAAUUAGCGGAGGCUGCCAACUUGCUCCGGGAGCAGCUGGGCCCCGAGGGUAUUCGCAAGGUUGGGGGGAAACAGUGGUGGCAAUGGCGCAAAUCAGCCCUCAAGGCAGAAUGGAUUGAGAUGAGGGCCGAGUACAACGAGCGGAAGAAGAAGGCCGAUCCGGGAAAUCGGGUCAUGUUCUACGUCCAUGGCGGCGGGUAUUUCUUUGGAAGCGUCGACGAGCACCGCUAUCAGAUGCAACGACAUGCGCGGAAGCUCAAGGCGAGGGUAUUCGCGCCGAGAUACCGACUGGCCCCCCAGUUCCCCUUCCCAUGCGGCCUACAGGACUGCCUGGCAGCCUAUUUACACCUACUGACCUACCAGGAGCCCCAAAAUAUCAUCCUGGCAGGCGAUUCUGCUGGUGGUGGCAUGGUAGUGUCGAUGCUGGUCACCAUGCGGGAUCAAGGGAUACCAUUGCCAGCUGGCGCCAUCCUCAUCAGCCCAUGGGCAGACCUCACCCACUCGUUCCCCAGCGUUGCCGGAGAGUGCCCAUUGGACUAUCUUCCGCCGGGUGGCUUCCACCACAAACCAUCCGAGGCAUGGCCACCGCCGGAUGAGGAGGAACUCGAGCAGCUGAAGAAGCUGGUCAUCGAACAGAAGACAAAGGACCAGGCCAGUGUGAAUAGCUCGGAUACCAGCAGUGGCGUCCCCGGAUCUGCGAGGUCGAAAAACGGCAAGGCCAGCGAUGGCACUCCUACAGUUGAGGACAUUGCUCAAAAGACACAUCGCCUGUCGCUUGUUAUUGACGGCAAGCCGGUCGAGGUAAAAGAGCAAAUCCAGAUGUACACUACCAAUGAGCUUCUGGCGCACCCUCUCGUCAGCCCUGUGAUGCAGCCAACUCUGGGAGGCCUGCCGCCUGUCUUGGUUGUUGUUGGAGGUGGUGAGAUGCUCCGCGACGAACAGAUCUAUCUCGCCCAUAAGUUUGCCGACCCAAAGAAAUAUGUCCCGCCCGAAGCGCAGCUGGAUGACAUCGCUCGAGCCCAAAUCAAACGCUAUAAGCCGACAGACGUUAAGCUCGAGGUCUGGGACGACCUCUGCCACGUUGCUACAACAUUGAGCUUCACACAGCCAGCGAAAUAUAUCUACCGUAGUAUUGCCCAGUUCGGCGCUUUUCUGCUCGCAAGGGCCCAGAGAACCGAAGUCGACAUACCGUUCGAUGAUGAUAUUUCUGUCAUAUCCGGAUCUGGCUCUGAUUCGUCGGAUGCCGACGAACAGCCUGUGCCGAAUGAUCUCAGGCCCGAGGGGUCUGUUGGAAAGGCCGGAGAUCCUCUCCCGCCAUUCAUAAACCAUAUGAUUAGGCACAGGGUGACCAGACAUGGUGACGUAUUCCCCCUUGGCCCGGCUUGCGACCUGCCCGGCUGCUCCUUGGACCGUGACCUUGUCGGCGUCAUCAAGGUUGGCCCAGUGAAGAAGUGGAUGGAACAGAAGCAGCACUGGGAAACCCGGUUCUACCGGCACAAAGUCCGGGUCCACCAGAAGCGGCUGGAAGACAUGGUACGCGGCUUCGAGGGGUUUGGCGACGGAGAACUACCGCCCCCAAGCGCACUUGCCGGCAGGAGAAAGGCUGGAGCGGAUUUGGGGGAGAAGAAGAGGACUCGUAGCCUAGGCCUGGCGUUAUGGUCACUUUGGGGAUCUAAACACGACGAGAAGACGGUAGAGAGAGAGCGGCAGGCUGGCAAGGAAGCUGAGACCAGGGUCGCUACGCCGGCCGAGGGGAAAGAAGAAGCCAAGCCCGUGAAUGACGAUGGAAAGCUAAAGCCAUCAACUGAGUCUGGCGAGGCCGUGGACAAUCCUCCUGUGCUGACCCGUCAGGCUCUCAACCAGGACGCUAUUGGGGAGUCAUCACCGGGCAAAGGCCUCCUGGAUCCGAGUUCCGCUACAGGGGUGACAGGAAAACGGCCCAAAAUCGGGGGUAUCGCCAUGCCUUUCAGUCUGGGCAAGGAGGCAGACACAGCAAGCAUGAUAACGCUCAAUUCGACAACUAGUCCUUCGAGGCAGCCUAGCCCGAGGCCGAAGAGCCCUGCUACGGGGACCGACAGGUUGGCCAGCAGUCCCAAUCAGCCCCAGCUACCGCCUGUUGGGACUCCACAGGAGGAGGGUGGAGCUCCUGUGGGGGAGAGACCGGGCCUGGAGACCUUCACGACGGCGGCCGAGGAGCUCCCCAAGGCAAACAGAGAUUGAGGGCUGGUGGUAUAUUCCUCAUUCAUGGUUAGUAUUCGUGGUUGAAAUCGAGGAGCGUAUGAAUAUAUAGUUUGCCCGGCUUUUACAGAUGAUGUACAAGAUGUAGAUAUACACACAGUCGUUUCACAACCAACCAAUAUACCCCCAAGUUUUCUG